AUGGGACAGUCACUUGCAGUUUUUUAUCCCAAUAUAUUUCAUGUUACAAUUGUAGCUCACAUGUUCAAUAGGGUUUCAGAAAAGGUUAGAGAAAUGUAUCCAGACAUAAUUAAAUUAAUCAAUAACAAAAAAAAAGUAUUUCUAAAAUCCCCAUACCAUGUACAAGAGUGUAAAGAAAUCUUACCAGAUAUUCCGUUACCGCCCGAACCAAUAUUAACCAGAUGGGGAAAGUGGUUGGAAGCUGCUAUUUUUAACUAUUGUGAUAUAAUCCAAGGCUUAUAA